GAUCUAAAACCGAUCGGUUGCGAAGUCUCUCGAAACAAUCAUCAUGCUCUUCUUCAUCUAAUCCUUGUUGACAACCCUUUUCCUAGGGUUUCAUUCUUCAACAUGGAGUUCUUGUUCAAGCAUUCUUGUUCAUCAUCAAAAAACCAACCCAAAAUUCCAUCCAUGUCAAAUCACCUCCCUCAAGAGAUCUGGGCGGAAAUUCUUCACAGACUCCCACCCAAAACCCUAGUGAAAUGCACCUCCGUCUGCAAAUCAUGGCGAUCCCUCAUCACCUCCACCUCCUUCAUCUCCCUCCACCGCAACCACUCACCCUCCUCCCUCCUCCUCCAGCUCUGCGACGAGCGUGCUAUUCCCAAUUUCAUCCACUACUCCCUCCGCCGCGACGACCCUUUUCUCUCCGAAUCCUCCUCCCUCCGCCUCCCCUCCUCCUUCAACCGUGAAUUCUCCGUCGUCGGAAUCUGUCACGGCCUCGUCUGCAUCACCUCCACCGAAAACUGCCGUGAUCUCAUCAUCUGCAACCCCUCUCUUCGUCUCCAUAUCACACUCCCCGAACCCUCCGACUACCCUUCUCUUCACUCCGCCUCUGUCGCCUUCGGUUUCGAUUCCCGGAACAAUGACUACAAGGUUAUCAGAAUCGCUUGCAUGCAUGAUGACGAAAGGUACGGUGUUUCUUCGCCUGAGGUUGAAGUUUACUCUCUGGCUUCUGGGUUUUGGAAUAGGAACCGUGUUGUUGCUGCUCCUGUUAGUACUCUGUGUUGUCUUGGUAGCUAUUAUUCUCCGCAUGGUUUCGUUGAUGGGAAGGUUCACUGGGGCGCGAGAAGAUGCAUGAGGGUGGGUGGUGAUGAUGGAUGGUACUAUUUUGUGUUGUCCUACAAUUUUGAGGAUGAUGUGUUUGGUGAGGUUAUGCUGCCGGAGACAUUCGCUUGUGCCAGCUCCGAUAUGCCUAAUGUUACGGUUAUUGGAGGCGGCGAUGGGAAAGCUCUCACUGUGUACCAUGUGGAUGGUGUCAUGCAGUGCUCUUGUGAUAUCUGGGUCAUGAAGGAGUAUGGUGUUGUGGGGUCUUGGAAUAAGGUUUUUAGUUUCAAUUUGGUGGGUUUUGAUAUGGAACUAACCUCUUUUGGGAUACUUGUGACCGGCAUGACAGCUCCGCUGACGCCUUUGUGCGUGAGGAAUGGUGGAGAAGUAUUGGUGCUCAUGGAUGAGGCGGGGAGUGGAUGUCUGUAUUCGGUAAAUCUUGAAAGGAAUGAAAUUACAGACUGUCAAAUUGGAGGAGAGGAGUUCACAUGGUAUCUUUAUUCUGGUUACUAUGCUGAGAGCUUGGUUUUGCUAGACAAAGCACGCGGUUUGGUCUCUUAUUGAAGCAGAGGUAACUGUGACCUAUCCUGAAAUAUGUUCACAAUAGCUCAAUUGGAUGCUCAAUUUGUUUUAGGCAAAUGCUAGUGCCCUAAAGGUACUCAUUAAGUACUAAAUGUUGUAUCUCAAUUGUGAGCAGGACCUUUCUGUUGUAUAUUUAUUGUACAAUGGUACAAUUUACUUCACCUGGUUGCUUUCUGAAUGGGAGGCAUACCUCUCCUUAGGUUGUUUGAGUGCAUAAACAAAUGGAUGGUAUGCGUAUAUGUAGUGUAAUUGAAGUCUUUGUCUCUGUUUCUUGCUUAUGAUGUUGUUUAUGUUUUGAAUUCCAAAUACCAACUAGUUUUCUUGCUAAUACAAUAGCUGUAUUCUGUC